AUGGCAAAAUCCGAGAAAGACUUCAAAGCAUCAGUUACACAGGACUCUGAUGAAGUUCAGGAAAUGUUUUGUGAACAUUGUGAUAAACAUGACAAAAAAUAUGUUCCUGCUGAAGGAUUUUGUGAAGAGUGUUUCGAGUACUUGUGUGGAACAUGUGUGAAGUUCCAUAAAAGAUUAUUGGUCUCUCAUAUUAUCAAGGAUAAGGAUAACAUGCCACAGGAUUUCUGCCUAGAGAAAUGUUCUAUUCAUUACGAUGAAUUAAUCAAGUUUUAUUGUCAAGCUUGUAAGAAAUUUGCCUGUACUAAGUGCAAGAUUCAAGACCAUGGGAACUGUAAAAUGGUCGGCCAUUUGCCAGCUCUUGUUUCCGGGAUUGAAAACAGCAAGGAAAUCGAAGAACUUAAAGAAAAUAUUGAUGAAAUAAUGAACGAUUUGAAAAAUACAGAAGAGCAAACAAUUGCUGAGGAAACUACAGAAAUGAGUUAUAAUCUUCUUAUGAUAUCUAUGGAGCUAGAUGAUGAUCAAAGGUGUCAAAUGUUUGUUGCUAUGAAGAAGGGACAGGAAAACAUUGAACAAUUGAAAUUAGAUGCAGAUAAACAAUGUUACAACAAUUCCAUUCAUUAUUACAAAGUUGAAUGCACAGCUUCUGAUCAGAAUAUAACAGAUAUACAAGACUGUGAUAAAUUUUUCACUUUUCAAGAAGUACCUAAGUCUAAAGUAGAAAGAACUGCUAGUUUUUUCACAGAUUAUCAAUACACAAUUGACUCCACGUCAUCUUUAUGCUUAUUAUCAGAAGACUGUCUUCUGAUAAGUAACUGUAAAUCUUCAAACCUAAUUAUAGAGAUAGAUUUGUGGAUCGAGGUUUUGUCACCCCACCAUUUACCAAGGGCUAUAAUAGACCUGCCUUCAGAACCUUGGGCUGCUGCUAAAGUUGACAAUAACAAAGUUGCUGUCACAUUUCCUAAACUUGGAACAAUAAGACUUAUAACUUUCUCUAAGUAUACUACAGUGACCAACACUGAAGAUAUAAAAGUAGGAAAAUGUUGUCAUGGUGUUGCCUAUAGUAACAACAAGCUUAUAGUAUCUUACACAAACAAACAAGCAACAGUAAAGAUACUUGACAUGUCUGGUAAAGUACUGAAAACACUUGAUAAAGAUCAUCAUGGGAAAUGUCUGUUUGUUAAUCCACAUCACUUGACAAUCAGUGCAGACAACACAGUUAUAUAUGUAUCUGACUUAGAGAAAAACUGUGUGAUAAGUUUAACCUUUGAUGGGAAAGUCAAGGCCAUUUACAAUGAUGACCAGUUGAAGGGGCCAUAUCAACUGACUAUAGAUAGGUCUGGGGCAGUGUUUGUAUGUGGACGUUUGUCAGACAAUAUACAUCAAUUAUCCCCUGACCUAUCCAAGAUGAAAAUACUGCUGGAUAAAGAACAAGAACAAGGAAUAAAUGGACCAGUGGGUGUGGCAUACGGCCAGAAAAAUAACAGACUGUAUGUGAGUCAGCAUGCUGGUAGCAUUAAAGUGUAUGAUUUAACAUUGGAAUACAUGUAA